ACCCUUGAUGCCGCAGGGCUUGUAGCACUAGCUGAUCUCUCUGCUGUCGCCUUGAGGACAGCCCUAAUGGGAACAGCAUCCUACCUCGACAUCCUCGUCCUCGCACCAGGAAUGCACACCCAACAAUCCGCCGACGACGUCAACCGCGGUGAAUUCCCCGCGACAGGCUCGAUGACCACCGGAAACAUUUUCCGUGUCGAGAAUCCCGCCACAGUCAGGUACCUCCAGAACAUCAGCUGCACCGGGUGCCUUGUCACCGUCAAGGUAUCUCCCAAACGUCGCCCUUGCCAUACGUUCAUGGUCCCUUUUUUAGGGAUUGACCUCUCACCCAUCUUCAUUGCCGGAACUCGCGCCGCGCUGCUGUACCUCCUCUGUCCGGUACUGACCAUCGUCGUCUUCGCGCUCCUUGCAGCCAUCGGGGACUGGUGGGGAUUAAUAGUCCUCGGGAUGCUUAUUGUCGCUCGGACGAUCAAUGUCAUCGUUAUAAAGCGGAGGAGCCGGGUACAUUGGAAGGGCGCGAAGGAGGAAGGGUAUCUGCAUCUGUUCGUGCUCCUUAGUCAGGAUCGCUGGGUCCGGUUGGAGGGGACGAUUAAUAACCUCAAGACAGUGACGGCGGGCCAGUGGUUGCGUGAUCAGAGUGCCGAAGAGGCCUUUGCUAUAGGGGUCGCUACGCUAUUGGUGUAUGCAUCUGCGGCUCUGGCGAGUAAUGCGUCGACUGUGGGAAGUUUGCUCAUUGCGUGCUUGUUGUUGUCCUCUGUUGCUUUGUUGGCACUGUGCAAUUACUCGACGAAGUGUUUGCAGAUGUAUGAUUGUAUGGUUGAGAAGGUUAAGGGAACAAAAGUGGGGUAUCCGCGGAGAAAGGAGAUGGUGAAGGAACUGAUUCAUAAAAGUCGGAGGACUGAUUGGGCUGAUAGGAUGGAGCUGGUU